CCCCGCCCUCAUCCGCUCUGUUUACCUUGACGUCACAAACGUGCGCCGCUCCCACGCGACCCCUUCCUCUCGCUCAGGUGACGUGUGGGACAUGAUCCGGAGCAGGACACACAAAUGGCCGCUGUUCCCUCCGAAGUGUCUCACAUGCAGCUGAACGGAGCCUCAGAGCUGAUGGAUCUGCUUCACAUCGACGUGGAGGCCGAUGUGACGGAGGACAGACCUGGGAGAGAAGAUGCUCUGUGUUCAAGGAAUGUGUCGAGGAAGCAGAGAAACUGGGAGAGGCAGCUCGCAGCGAAGAAGAGCAGGAGGAAGGAGGAAAAGCAGAGGAAGAAGCUCAACCGUGAGCAGGAGUCAGGUGCCAGCGCCGACAGCCCUCAGUUCACUAAACGGGUCUUGAAGGCGAUCACCAAAGAGCGUUUAGCUGAGGCUCAGUCCACCGGGCUCAAAGUGUGUGUGGACCUGAGCAUGACCGACUGCAUGUCUGACAAGGAGAUCAGCCGACUGGCCGGACAGUUGAGACGACUGUACGGCUCGAACAAGAAGGCAGCUCGACCGUUUCACGUGUUCCUGACAGAGCUCAGAGAGGACAGUCGUCUCUACAGAGAGUGCAUACGAAAGAACGACGGCUUCCUCAACUACACGAUGGACAUAACAGAGGAAAGCUGUCUGGACCUUUUUCCCACAGAAACUGUUGUGUACCUCUCUCCAGACGCUGAAGAAGUUUUGGAGACAGUUGAUGCUGACAAGGUUUACGUGCUCGGUGGCCUUGUGGAUGAAAGCAUCCAGAAGAAGUUGAGCUUCUGUCGGGCCAGAGAUCUGAGCGUCUGCACGGCGAGGCUGCCGAUCGACGAGCACAUGGUGAAGAAAGACAACGCCAAGAAUUUCCACUCAAAGAUCCUGGCGGUGAAUCAAGUGUUCGACAUCUUGUUGACUUUCUGUGACACGGGCAGCUGGACGGAAGCGCUGCGGGCAUGGUUCCCCCGGGGGAAGGGUUAUGUCGUUGCACCAGAUGACUCCUGACAGAAGAUUCGACAAUGAUCUGUAUUUAACAACUUCCGUCCAUGCUGGACUUGAAUGGGCCACCCUCCGGUUCCCAAGCCCACAGACACAUUUUCUUAACACUGAAACUAAACAAUACUUGACAAGCAGCGGGUGUAUUCACUGGUUCCAACACUUCAGCUAUUUUCUAGUUAUUUUAAGUCCGUCAUCUUUCUGCUGCUGAGCUACUGUUAGCAUAGAAACCAGAGAUGAUCAAAUCUACAGUCACUUGAUUUAGUUUUUGAUGUUUUUUCUGAGCUCAGCUUGAUCUGUACUUCCUGUGGUUCUAUGCACAAAAAUAUCUUAAUCUGUGAAUGUGAUUGUGUUUUUUACACUUUAAUAUACGUCCUGUAAAUUAAACAAAUCAACAACCUAAGACUUUGACUCACAGACU